UUUUUUUUUUUUUUUUUUCAAUUGUUAUUAUUAAAUUUAUAGAGUAAUGACUUCCCCAUUACCAGUAAAUGCAAAACAAGGGUAUAAGGAAGUAAGUUCAUAUAUUAAUGAAUCUUCUUUAUCAAGCUCAGUGGAUCGAGCUGCUUCAAUUGCUCGCUUAAGCACUACACCCAUUCCCAGAAUUUAUGGGUCUUCUCCUAAAAGUAUUCGUUCUCAUCAAAGCUAUGGUUCGGCAGAUAUAGAUAAUAUCUUAACAACGAAUAGUAACACUCUUAUUCGACCCUUAUCUACUGCUACUUUUAAUCCAGAAGAUCAUACAGUCAGUGUCGAUCUUCCUGAUAACAAAGUAGCCAAUAUUGUCAAACGACAUCUUGUUGAUUCAUCACCAUCCCCUUCUUUUCAUAGUACUUCUAUUCAUCAGUCUAUUACAAAUGAAGAAGACCAAGGUAAUAGUUCCAACUUAUGGAGUGUUCAUCAACUACCAGGUGGUGCUAUUACCCACGACAUUUAUAAAUGGGCUGAAGAUGUUGAGAAUGAACACAUGGCAAAGCGUCAACGAUCACAGUCCUUUUUUGUCCCUCGUAGUGGCCCUAUCGACCCUACUUUGGCUAGAUUAAAGGAUCCAGGAGGUUUUAGACGACAUUUUGUCGUUGACAGAGCUACACGACAAGGAAGAAAUCCUCCUCACUGGAUGACUCGAACAUUUGUUGACUUUUUGGCUCUUUAUGGCCAUUUUGGUGGUGAAGAUUUAAGUGAUGAUGAAGAAGAGGAAGAAGAUGAUGAUGAUGAUGAUUUAAUAGAGGAUGAAGAAGCAGGUGGUAUAAGAAGAAGAAAAAGAAGAAGUUCUUCUUCCGAAGGAGAAGAUGAGGAGUCACCCCUGAUUCGGAAAGCACAAGCGAAUGCUGUUCAAGGGACCGCAACGCCUGCAAAGGCUGUAUUCUUACUCUUAAAAUCAUUUGUUGGUACUGGUGUUAUGUUUUUACCUAAAGCUUUUUAUAAUGGUGGACUCUUGUUUUCUACAGGUUUAUUAGCAGCAAUAGCGAUUAUUUCAUUAUAUACAUUUUUACUAUUAGUUGAGACAAGGAAUAAAAUACCUGUUUCAUUUGGUGAUAUCGGUGGUGUCUUAUUUGGCAAAGGGAUGCGCUUUGCCGUAUUAUUUGCUAUUACAGUUUCUCAGAUCGGUUUUGUUUGUGCAUAUAUGGUAUUUGUAGCCCAAAAUGUACAAGCUCUAAUUGAGUCUGUAUCCCAAUGUGAUCUCAGAAUUUCUUUAUCCUAUCUUAUUCUUGCUCAGAUUCUUAUUUUCGUACCACUUGCAAUGAUUCGAAAGAUUCAAAAGUUAUCAUCCUUUGCUUUAAUUGCUGACCUCUUUAUAUUGAUUGGGCUAGUCUAUUUAUAUUAUUAUGAUUUCUUGACACUAUCUAGUCAGGGGAUCGCUGACGUGGAAUGGGUGAUCAAUUAUAAAUCAUUUCCAAUGUUUAUUGGUACUGCUGUAUUCACAUAUGAAGGAGUUGGUUUAGUGAUCCCUAUUACUGAAUCGAUGGCUGAACCGGAAAAGUUUCCAAAGGUCUUAUCAGGUACAAUGCUUUUUAUUACGGGUAUCUUUUUAUCGGUCGGAUUUAUUUCUUACUUGGCAUUUGGUAGUCAAGUACAGACAGUGAUUUUAUUAAAUAUGCCAGGUACAGCUAUCGUGAAUACAGUUCAAGGGUUAUAUGCAUUAGCUAUUUGUCUAUCUAUUCCUCUUCAAUUAUUCCCUGCUAUUCGUAUUGUCGAAAAUGGAUUAUUUACUCGUUCUGGAAAAUACAAUACAAUGGUGAAAUGGCAAAAGAACGUUUUUAGAUUUGUUGCAGUUUUAUUAUGUGCGAUUAUUGCUAUUGGAGGAUCUGGUGAUUUGGAUAAAUUUGUGUCCUUAGUUGGAUCCCUGUGUUGUGUACCUCUUUGUUUCUUAUUUCCUCCUCUUUUCCAUUUAAAAGCGAUUGCUAAAUCUUGGAGACAAAAGACAAUUGAUAUAGCCAUUAUUAUUUUUGGUAUCAUUUCAAUGACAUAUACCACAAGUAUUACUCUUGCUUUAUGGUCUAAAGAUUCAAAGGAUAGUGCGCCUAUCUCAAGAUGCCCUGCUUAAUAUCUAUAGUCAUACAUAAAAUACUCGCUCGCUCUCUCUUUAUUUAAUUUAUUAUUUUCUCUUGAAAGCAUACAAUUUAUCCAAAUUUCAUUUUGGCUAUAUAAAUCUAUCUUAUUAUUAUAAUAGACUUAUUUGUUCCAUAGUAGUACUAACCAUUCAUUUCAAAUAAACGAAAUGGCUGUUAUCAUUUGAAAGACAAUUAAAGAAAAAAAAAAAAAAGAA